UUAUUUCAACAUGUGUUGCGUUGGUGAUCAUAUCAUAGAUCAAUAAUUACAUAAUCGAUGAGAUUGGUGUGUAAUGUGUGGUCGAAUUAGCAUGAUUGAGGGAGGUAGAGAGGGUGACGUUAUAAAAGGCAUUUAGAAAAAUAAAAAGAACUAUACAUACGUACUACGUAGGUAUUUCAUAUUUGUUUAAUAUGGAUAGGUUAAGAAUUUAUGAUAUGCACGAAAAUAGAUGGGGCCAUAUCUAGGGAUGGUAAAUGGUAAUGGGUCGGGUCAGCGCGGAUAGUACAUAUCCAUUACCCUAUCAAAAAUAGUUCGGGUUUUAUUCAUAUCCAUAUAAGAAAUUGGUAGAAAAUCAAAUCAUGGCCAUACCCGUUUGGGUUUUGGGUAUCCACGAUUAUCCAUGAGUAAUAAUUUCCCUUUGAUAACUCAAACCAAUAUGUUAACAUUCACACGUAUUCUCACAUUAUGUAAGAGUAAAAGUACGACAAUAGCUCACUAAAAUGAAGAAAUUAAUCGAAACAACACAAUUCCAUGAAUAUAUUAUAUUUAUAUGUUAAAUAUAAAAUAUAUUAGAGCAAAAUAAUAAUUAUUUCUAGACAAAAUACAUAUGCAUGUGUAUAAUCGGGCGGGUUCGGGUUGGAUAGUAAGAAAUCCAUACCCACCCAUUACCCGCAAUAUUCGGGUUCAAGUUUUAUCCGUACCCACUAAAAGUCUUUCGGGUUCGGAUCUUACCCUGCCCAAUUAGAUCGGAUUCAGACGGAUAUCCACGGCUACAGAUAUUUUUGCCAACCCUAGCCAUAUCAAUCAGGUAUCAUGGAAAAUACUUAAUUUUCUAAUCCAUAAUAAUAAUAAAAAAUAUCAUUCCACUAGAUAUGUACAAAAAUACAUAUUUAAGAAGACUUUUUAGUCCACUUAUAUUAAGAUACAAAAAUGCUUAUCAAAUAUAUUUUUGUAAUGUAAUUGUACGUGUUAGUUUAUUUGCUUAUGAGACUACAACUUUUUUAGCUAGCUAUUGGGAGGUCACUUUUCGAAUAAUUUGAUGAAUGACACUCGAUUGCAUGUAUAUAUAUAUAUUUGAAGAGAAUAUGUUUAAUAAUUGAAUAUCAGAUUAUAAAAUUUAUUUUUAAAUAAAAUCUCACUAAACUCAGAAUUCUAUCUGCUUCACUAAUUAUAUGAAAACUGGGAUGUGACUACUGCAGCUAGUUCGCAUCCGAUGUUUUCUCUUACGGUCUUACCCUAUGGCCAAGGAAUUCAAAGGUUAUACGAAAAUGACGGGAGUUGAAAUUUUAUGCGAGUUAAUGUAUGUUGGACCAUCCAUGAGAUAGAUAUGCACAGUCACCAAGUUUAGGGAUGGCAACCAAACCCGAACCCACGGGUACCCACCGACCCGACCCAACCCGGUCAACGCGGGUAAAAUUCGUGUUGACGGGUUUUGGGUCGGGUUUGGGUUUAAACCCGUUCACUAUUCACCGGGUUGGGUUGGGUUUGGGUUUUGGUAAACCCGACCCGUGGGUACCCGCCCACACAUAUAAUUAAUUUUCUCGGUAUAUUUAAUAUUUUAAACAACUAAUCUUAUUUAUGUUUGUGGAGACAUGUUUAAUUUUUUCUUUCUAAUUGUGUAGAAUGAAGUUUGUGUUAUCGAGUGGAGAGUGAAGAAACUUAAUUGAAAGGAAGAAACCUUCAAUUAAUCAUGUUAUUUAUGGAUAAUUUAUGAUUUACUUCAAUUUUCUUGAGUUUUCUAUAUUGGUGUUGAACAAUUUGUAUAGUUAAUUUGUGAUUUGCUUGAAUUUUCUAGAAUGGUGUUUUAAAUAUGGAUAAUUUGUAUUGAGAGAUUGAUAUUUGACUUUAAUUUUGAUAGGAACUUGUUAUUGUAAAUAUUUACGACAAAAACCCGUGGGUACCCAUGAACCCGCGGAUACCCAGCGGGUUGGGUUGGGUUUGAGUUUUUCAAACCCAAUGGGUUUUACCCCGGGUUUUUUCACGGAUAAACCCAUGGGUUUGGGUUUGGGUUUGGCAAAACCCGACCCAACCCGACCCAUUGCUAUCUCUAACCAAGUUGCUUGCUCGUGGACCGCGACGAUGGUAAUGAGUUCUAUCUCCAAGAAAAUAUGACUCAUUAAUUAUAUUAUUCUUCAACUACGUACUAAGGGUAGAUUAAGUAUAGUUAAGUAUAAAAUGGCUCCUAUUAUCUUUUUUAAUUUACUUCCUAUACCAAUCAUCAUAAGAGAAAAUUUUGGUGUCUAUGAUAGACUUGUAAGUAAGAAUAUCCCUUUUUUCAUUAGUUUAUCGAGUAUUUAUAAAUUUCAAAAUUGAUUCGGACGUAUUUGUCAAGAUGUUUGAUCUUUUAAAAAUAUUCAUCAACAACAACAAAAUGACAUUUUCGAAAAACCUAUAUCACCCUUUUUAAAAUAACUAUGAAUUCAUUCUCCCAAAUAAUUAAAAAUGACUGCUGGUAUACUUCUUUCAUGCAUACCAAUAAUCCCAUUUGCAUGGCCAACAAGCAUAGUUUGUUUUUUUCUUGAGUAAAAAAGGUAAAGGAAAAAAAGGACGAUAUUCUUGAUUUAGAUUUAGCUUUCCUUUCCCUGCCCCAGCUCCAAAGUGAGACUAAUUGUAAAGGAGAAAUAGUUGUUAGUCAAAUUGUGUAUUUUCCUAUUGUUUCUUCCACACGGAGAAGCAACAAUUUCUCUCGCAAUAUAAAAAGACCCAUCUCAUUCAUCUUUUAAAUAAAGUUUGUGAAUUCUUAUUGCAUAAAGUUAGUGAUAAUAUAUAGCAAAUAAUAAUAAUCAUCUAUUACUAUAGCCACACGAAGAUCAUUAAACUCCUUGAUAAUCAUAAAAUUUCGGCAAAAUACACUUUCAUAGCCAUAACUUUACACUUUGUGACAAAUAUAGUAAACUUUUGAAAAAUACACAGAAUUAACCAUUCCAUCCAUUAAUGUAACGAAACGGCUGAUUAAACAAACGGUUAUCAGUGACUUGAUCCAGGGUGGAAUUUAAAUUUAAUUAUAUUUACUAAAAAAACCCUACCCUAGUUUACCAAAUAUUCUUUUCCUCUUCUCCAUCUGCCCCUUCCCAUUCCUCUCUUAUCCUCUGCGCCGAAACACCAUUCCACCUCAGCCCAUCCUAAAUCAAUUCACCUAUCGAUCCUGUCCAGCUCGUCUCCGUCAUCCGCUCUUCAAACUCCUCUCCGCGACUCUCGAUAUGGAGAGUCGGGAACGAGAAACAUCGAUCCUCUGAAGACCUUCGCCGAAGCUGUUUUUCUAUGUUGAUGUCGGGCUAAAGCGAGCGGUGGGUAAGUAGAUGGCGACGAGGGGGUCGUUCUUGGGGGAGGAACCAAAGGCGACCACUUUCGAGAGCACCGGUGGGGUUUCGAAGAAGCUACUUCCCUGGAAGAUUCCGUCGCCCUCAAAAUCCCCAACGCCGUUUGACCCGAUUUUUUUUCGGCGAAUCCCUAGGGUUCAUAGAACUCCACAUUCGGGAAAUCCAAUCUCGGAACCCAGAAUCCCUCUUCGCUCUUUCACUCGACCAAGAAGAACCCCAAAUCAGUUUCAUCCAAAACCCCCUAAAUUGAAUAAUCCAUGGCGACUCCACAAUAGAAAAAAUCAGAACGAAACCUAUCCGUCGCGCGCAGAUCUAGUCGUCGAGGUCUUCAGCCGGAGUCACGAACCCGACGAUUUCUUUCCCGGCCUGUCGAAGCACCAACAAGGAUUCCUCUGUUUUUGCUUCUUCAACAACGACUUCCACCUUCAGAAUCCAAGUCCCAUUUUGAUUGGUGUUUUCCCCCGAAUUCAUAUGUACUUGCCCAAGUUCAAGCCGGGCAGGUAAAUGGAAGAAUCGGUGUACUCGUCGAAAUUCAAUUUGACAGUGUAGAUGGAAGAGAGAACGAAGGGUGACCAGUCACAUUCAUUCCGGCGAAACACGAUGACGGCGUGAGUACUACAUAGUACACACCUAGAAGAAGAAGGUAACAAUUUCAGCAGCAGCCAAGAGAAAUUAGUGGAUUGUCGAAAGAAGAAAGGGAAAAAAGAAAGAAGAAGAUGUGUGAUUUUUCAUUUUCCUUUAUCUAUUUAUUUUUGUUUUUCAAUUUCCUCAAAAAAGAUCUUUUUAUUUUUUUGAUAAUAAACAAUAUUUUUAAUUUGACAUGGCAUGACAGUUCCACUAAGAGUUGACGUGGAAGCUGACGAGGCGCCAUCUCAACUUGUUGUUGACGGUCGUUAACGACAUCUCUAACUCCGUUAAUAUUUCUAACUGAAAUGGCUAUUAUUGUCAAGGUAAUUUUCAAUUUGUGGCUAUUUCUGUAUAUUUUUUUAAAAGUUAGCUAUACUUGUCACAUAGUGUAAAGUUAUGGCUAUGGAAUUGUAUUUUACCUAAAAUUUCUGAUAUUUUUCAAUAUAAAAUUUGUGGCUAUUUCUAACGGAAAUGGCUAUAAUAAACAGGAACUGAUCAUACAUGUGUAGUAUUUUUCUUCAUUUUUUAUGACCACAAAUACAUAUUCAUUACCACAAAAAAAAAUAAAAAACAAAUACACAUUCAUCAAUUACAUUCCUAUCAAUUCUUUAUUUCAAAUCACAUAUAAAAAAUUAUCCCUAUAAAACAUAGCUGACAAAGUUUGACCUUUCAAUAUCAUCCAAAACAAUUGAAAAUAAGAGACUAGCACAAGUUUAUCAAAAUAAUCAAUAACUGAAGGAUCCAACUGACACAUUUUAAAGUUCACGUACUUGGGGCAUGAAUACUGAAAACAAAGGGAUUACAAAAUUAAAUGCAAACACCUACAUUCAAAAACCUGACUUCUUUAUUAUUAGUAGGGCAAACUUACCGUUGGACUGAUGCUUACAUGUUGCUAUCAAAUGGUUACCAUGUUAAUUACCAAAUUAAAUAAGCCUAAAUUCGAUUAACCAUGAAAUAUAAUAUUAUAACCAAACCGUCCAAACUAAUACAAUACCCAAAUUAACCAAACUAAAGUGUAAUCGCUUUGGUUAACUGGUUAACCAAAAUAACCAAUAUACCAUAACAUCAUCAUUAAGUGAGAAUUUCCGGUUAGUGAAUCAAUUCACAACUUAUAUAAUGAAGAACACAUAACAGUCAACACAAAAUUAUAGCUAGCCCUUAACAUAAAUAUAUGUAACUACAACAAUUAUCUUACAUUUGACUCUUGAGUGGUUAAGUAUGUGUAUAUAAUAUAUUAGAUAUAUAGUCAAUUACUUAACUGGUUAAUUUGGUUUGAUUGGUUAAGAGUGUCUAAAAUCAAACCAAACCACUUAAACCAAACAAGAUAAAAAAAUUUAACCAACUAAAUCAAUUAUCCAAAUUAACCAAACAAAAUUAUCCAAAUACUACCUGUUAAAACGGAUAAUUAAUUGAUUUUAAUAAUAUCCGGGAUACUGUCACAAAGUGCAUUGUGAUUUUUCGGCCUCUUACCAAUAUCGAAGGUAGGAGCUUUAGAUCAUGUCUCAAACACACUAGUGUACAAGGAAAUUGAUGUGGAAUGCAUUGUGCUCAUACGAGGGGGAAAAACAACUAAACGUUUACAUUAAACAUUAAACUCUACAAUCACUGAACAAAACGAUAAAUCACCGAAGCACCUUGUUAUACUUCCGAGAUCCGACCAACCUAUCAUUAUCGGCUUCACAAAAAGAAAAGGUCACCCAUAUGGUUUCCUCCCAUGCACUAACGCAGGCUGAGCCCAAAUCCAGCGUACCUUCAACCGAAAGCCCAAUUUAUCAAUCGUUUUCGUAACUAAGAAAUUGUAAAUGAACCCUGAAACAGUGC